GGGGGUCCCCAAGGGGGGGCAUAUCUAGCUAUGCUAUCCUUCCCUUAGCAACAGGCAGCAAUUCCACAGGACAAGCAACUCUCUUCCAUAGGAGAGUGCGUGUCUCUGUCUGUUAAAGCUUCACCUGUUGAACGUCUGCUGCCCAUCCCUCCUUCAGCACAGGAGGAGCUCCCCCGGAAUAAGGUGGGGCGCAAUGUGAUGGCGAGUGACUCCUCCCCCGCCACCACCCCCUCUGCCCGGGUGACGCGGACCAGUGCCCGCCUGACCUCAGGCCCCUGGAAGCGCCCAGCAGCAGCUGGGACCUCCCCCUGCUCCCCAGCGGGCCCCAGCGCCAGCCCCCCUGGCUGGCCCCGAUUCUGGGAGGGUCAGGAUGUCCUGGCGCGCUGGACAGAUGGGCUUCUCUACCUCGGCACCAUCAAGAAGGUGGACCCCCUUCGGCAGGUGUGCCUGGUGCAGUUUGAGGAUGACUCCCAGUUCCUGGUGCUCUGGAAAGACAUCAACCCAGCGGCUGUACCUGGGGAGAAGCACUCCUGCUGCGUCUGCCGCUUGGAGGCUGUGAGCCCAGAGAACCGGCUGGUGAGGUGUGAGAAGUGCAGCCAUGCCUACCACCAGGAAUGCCACCUCCCCAGAGUGCUGAGCGAGGGGGCCUGGAUGUGCAGGCAGUGUGUCUUUGCGGUGGCCACCAAGCGAGGUGGUGCCCUGAAGAAGGGUCCCUACGCCAAAGCCAUGAUGGGCAUGAAGCUCGUGCUGCCCUACCAGCUGCAGGUGCUGGAGUGGGACGCUGAGCACCUCACCAACAGGCAGCAAUGCUACUGCUACUGCGGGGGCCCUGGCGAGUGGAACCUGAAGAUGCUCCAGUGCCGCCACUGCGCCCAGUGGUUCCACGAGGCCUGCACCCAGUGUCUGAGCAAGCCCCUGCUCUACGGGGACAGGUUCUACGUGUUUGAAUGCUGCGUGUGCACAGGGGGGCCUGAGAGCGUCCGCCGCCUCCCCCUGAGAUGGGUGGAUGUGGCCCACCUCAUCCUCUACCACCUCAGCAUCUGUUGUAAGAAGAAAUACUUUGAUUUUGAGCGAGAGAUCCUGCCUUUCGCCAGUGAGAAUUGGGACAGUCUCCUGCUGGGUGAGCUCUCGGACACGCCCAAGGGGGAUCGGUACACCGAGCUCUUGAGUGCCCUGACCAGUCACAAGGACAGGUUCAUCUCCGGGAAGGAAAUUAAGAAGCGCAAAGGACUUUUUGGGCUGCACCUUCGUGUCCCACCUCCUGCGCCACAGGUCGUAGGCUGUUCUGGGGAGGUUCCCAAGUCCCCCCUCAUCUCGGACAGCAGCUUCCUUUCAGGGCAGGGCAGGCGUGGGAAGGGGCUGGAGCGCAGGAGGGCCAGGCGGCAGCGGCGGCAGCAGCAGCACCAGGCCAAGGGGGAGCCACCAGCCCUGAGUGUGGAGCAGCACAACACCAAGGAGAGGGAGAGGCUGGAGAGAGCCCCCACUCAGGAGGUGGUGCAGAGUGCAGGCAGCGCUAACCAGAGCUACGGCGGCUACGGCGGCACUUCCAGCAUCUACAACUUCCGCCGCACUGACGCCCGCUGUCAGGACAGCUCCCCAAUCCGGAUGUUUGCCUCCUUCCAUCCCUCGGCCAACACUGCAGGGACCUUGAGCACAAGCAGCAGACCCUCCCUGGAUCCUUGUGACGCAGCAGCUGCCUCCACCACGGAGCAAGAGAGCCUGGAACAACCUGUCCUUGCACCCCCUGCCACCCCCACCACCGCCUUCCUGCCUCGCCCGGCCCCUGCCGCUGCCGCCACCACCAAGCGCCCCCCCCAGCCUCCAGGGACUGCCCCCUCGGCCCUCUGCCCCCCUGCCAGCACCAGCUACUUUGGGCCCAUGGGGCGGCUGGCACGAGGGGAGGCGGUGCGUGUCCUGGCCCGACGCGUCACGACCGACGGCAUGGUCCAGUACCUGGUGGAGUGGGAGGGAGGAGGCAUGUUCUAGCCACCCCCACCCCCCGUGUGGGGUUUUUGGAAACAAAAUGGACUCCCAGCCAUGCUCAUCAUGGGGGGGGCAUCUCUGUCCUUUGUGAAUGGCUAAGAGAGCAAAGUGCAAUUCUGGGGGCUCAGCAGAGCACCUUCCCCCAGCAGUUUGGGGGCAAGAGUGGCUCCCCCACCCCACUCAAGAAAGGUUGACUGAGUUUCAUCCCGGGGAGUGUGUGGGGAGAAGAUGUGGGGCACGACCCUCGCAUGCGCUCUGCGGCCUCGCUUCCUUGCGCCUCCAGGCCCGGCCAUCGCCUUGAACAAGAGGUUUAUUUCAGCUGUUGGGUUUUUUUACUGUUUGUUGGUAAAGGUUUUAUUUAAAGAGAGUUGAAGAGAGCGGUAGAGGGCACCGCUUCCCCAUAGGGCCUGGAGGGAGGGGGAAGGGGAGUCUGCCCCAUCUCUCCCCAUCUGCACCUCUGUUGCUGCUGCCGCCGCUGCCGCCGCCACUGCUGCUAAGCUGACUCUGUUGUACAAAGUACCACGCUGAAUAAAGAGAGCUUCUGGCAAAGACUCUUCUGUCU